CAAUUUAUGCAUCACGGCUAUGUAGGCACGAACCGCCGCGCGGCUGCACCACAACCUGGCGGUUAAAUUUUUCUACCUCUCAUCAUCAUCAUCAUCAUCAUCAUCAUCAUCAUUACCGCACCUUUUACACCCUGUUCGAAAAAACGGAGCGCGCAUCUCUCCGUAUUCCAAAAACACACACAUACACCGCACACUCACUCUCUCUCCCUCACUCGUUCGACGUUAUCUCUCUUCGAGUUUUCGCGCGCUCUGUCGGAAACAACAACGUGCAACAACAACAAUACAGUGCAAAGUAUUCAAAAGAAGCCAAGGAAGACAACAUCAGCAAGCCAACCGCGCGACGGACUGUUGAAAUUAUUAUUUUUUUUUAAUUUUUAACUACCUUGUUGUGUUUCUGUUUUGUUUGUUAAAAAAAUCAACACGCGUGAGAGUGACCCGCGCAAGUGAGCAUUUUCGGCGUUUGUUAGUACAUACAUAACACAGACCAGAAGUGGAAACGCAACGCCAACGAGGGAAGACCAGCAGCAGCAGCAGCAGCAGCAGCAGCAGUAGCAAACACACUCCCCCUACCUACCCACACACCAUCCUCCUCGUCCUCCUCUCCUCCUACUAUUCCCUCGUGUAAAUUUUCAACGACAACAACAACGACAACAACACGACGAGACGGCGAGCCGUGAGAAGGGAACACAUAAGUUGGAUCCUCGAAAUUCGACGUUAGAUCAACAUCGUCAUCAUCAUCAUCAUCAUCAACAUUGAUAAAAAGUGCUCGAGCAAAAAUAAAACAAAAAGAAAAACAGUUAUACGAUCAGCAAAAUUGUGCGCGAUUCGCGAGUGCCUACAGUAGCGUCGUCGAAAUUUUGCUCUCUUUUUGAGCGGUCGCCGUUGUUAGUGCAUCGUGGGAGAGCUGCUGCGCCCGCACACUCAGACACAACGCAUCGUCAUCAGCACAUCGACCAGAAGAAGAAGAAGAAGAAGAAGAUCAACGAAGAAGACAAUACACCGCCCGGCGGAUGGCAAAAAAGUGUUGGUUGAGUCCGGGCUAGUUAGUGUGCAUCACGGUUGAUCGACGCCUCAGUUAUAAUCGUGCGUGAACCAGCAUAGUAAACGAUCUUUCUUUCUCUCUUUCCCCUCAUCUCGUUAAUUUUCGUCUUUUCCCAUCUAUCGCGGCAGUCCCGACGAUACACUCGCACCUGCGCGCCGGAGAGGAGAGGAUAUCUCGUGGCGCGUCGCUGUCGCGCGGCGCAGGAGGCAGCACUCGCACGGAGCCAGUGGAGCUCAGUCCGACAAGUGCAGCGGGGACGCAACGACGUGUGCCGAGAGAGAGACAAAGCAGGGAAGGCGCGCGCGCGGGCGCGCUUUGACAAUCAUGCGACAUCGCUGUCGCGCGGUGCCUUGAUUGACCCUCGCUUAUAUCCACGAGAUUAUUGUGUUAUCGCUCUUCUGAUACUUAUCGCGGAGAGACACGCAAAUCCACAGACUGUUUUUAGUUCUCCUUGUUUUGUUCGACACAUCGUUGACUUGUGCGAGAGACGAGGAUUUUUCAUACAUCAGUUGGAAGUCGUUCGCUAAGAACCUUGCUCUCGUCGAGCCACGAGAGAAAGGACUCGGGAGAGAGAGAGAGAGAGAGAGACGCACUCGCUGCGACAGACGUGCCUGUGCAGCGCGGAGGAAAAGGACAUCAACGUUCUCUCGACAUGGCAGAGGGGAACGGGGAAAUAAAAGCAGAGGACAAACAGUCCAAGGAGGAGAUGGAGUACGUCGAGCGAACAGAGGACUACUCAAAGCUCAUACAAUAUGGGCUAAAUGAGAAAGUCGCUGGUAAACUCGAUGAGAUCUACAAGACUGGAAAGCUGGCCCAUGUGGACCUGGACGAGAGAGCCUUGGACGCACUCAAGGAGUUCCCCGUUGAUGGAGCACUCAAUGUCCUCACACAGUUCCUCGAGUCAAAUCUGGAGCAUGUGUCCAACAAAUCAGCAUACUUGUGCGGAGUCAUGAAGACCUACAGGCAGAAGAGCCGUGCUGGCCAGGGAACUGGCAACACCAGCACAACACCCAAGGCACCCGAUGAAGAUAAAAUCAAGAUGAUACUGGAACGAACUGGCUAUCCUCUUGAUGUUACCACUGGACAGAGAAAGUACGGAGGACCACCACCAAACUGGGAAGGACCAACACCUGGCACUGGUUGUGAAGUAUUCUGCGGCAAGAUUCCAAAAGACAUGUAUGAAGAUGAGUUAAUACCUCUCUUUGAAAAGUGUGGCAAGAUCUGGGAUCUCAGGUUAAUGAUGGAUCCAAUGACGGGUACAAACAGGGGAUAUGCCUUUAUAACAUUUACAAACAGGGAUGCUGCACAACAAGCUGUCAGAGAGCUAAAUGAUUAUGAGAUUCGGAAAGGGAAAAAGAUUGGUGUUACCGUAUCUUAUAACAAUCACCGCUUGUUUGUGGGAAAUAUUCCAAAGAAUCGAGACCGAGAUGACUUGUUCGAAGAAUUUACAAAGCACGCACCUGGCUUGACCGAGGUGAUAAUCUACAGUUCACCUGAUGACAAGAAGAAGAACCGAGGUUUCUGCUUUUUGGAGUAUGAGUCUCACAAGGCAGCUUCGCUGGCUAAGAGAAGACUCGGAACUGGACGCAUGAAGGUUUGGGGUUGUGACAUCAUCGUAGACUGGGCUGAUCCUCAGGAAGAACCAGAUGAACAGACUAUGUCCAAAGUAAGAGUACUGUAUGUAAGGAACUUGACUCAAGACUGUUCGGAAGAAAAACUGAAGGAGUGCUUCGAACAAUAUGGCAAAAUUGAGAGGGUGAAAAAGAUCAAGGAUUAUGCUUUCAUACAUUUUGAAGAACGGGAAUGUGCUGUUAAGGCUAUGCGAGAACUAAACGGCAAGGAAAUGGGUGGUUCCCACAUCGAAGUUUCGCUAGCGAAGCCACCAUCGGACAAGAAAAAGAAGGAGGAAAUGCUGCGAGCGCGCGAACGUAGAAUGAUGCAAAUGGUACAGAUGAUGCAAAGCCGCGGCGGAUACGACAAUGCCUUAGGGUCACCUUCGCAUCCGGGCAUGAUGGGAGGCCCAAUGCCAGUUCGUGGACCUGGACAGGGCCCUCGUGGCACUGGUGCAGGUAUGCGUGGACCAUUAGCGCGGAAUGACACCUACGCUCUCAAGGAAUUAGAUUAUGAUUACGACUAUUACGGUUACGGGGAUUAUCGAGGUGGCUACAGUGAACCAUAUUACGAUGACUGUUAUCGAUACGAAGAUUUCUAUUUCGAUUACGCGCCGCCUCCGCCACCUGCCAGAGGGAGAGGCAGGCAGCCUCAACCGGCUGGACGUGGCCGUGGAGCGGCGGCGGUGGCACGUGGCCGGGUCGGUGGCCCCCAAGCACGUGGGCCAGUUCGGGGGGGGCGCAACCCCGCAGCUUCAGGGGCCCGUGGGGCCCAACGGCCAGCCGCUCGUGGGGGGGUGGUCCGCGCCAAGGGAAGUUUACCAGGUGAGGAUGCAGGUAAGCGAAAGUUUGACGGGGGUCACCAGAACCAGGGGGAAUCUAAACGUCGCUUCCAGAGCAGCUGGGGGAACCAGCCCCUCGCCCAGCAACCAUUGGGCAACGCGUACGCAAUGGCGAGUGUGAACGGUGGCGGAGGAGGAGGCGGCGGCGGCGGUGGCGGCGGUAACAAUACGGGAGGCGGCAAUUCAGCAAACGAGCGGUCCAACACCGGCGGCGGCAACAACUCGGCUCAGGCCGACGACGAGUGGUACCAGGACUCGUAUCAGUCCUGGAGCUAACUUGACCAGCGGCAAGCUGCACCUGCAAAGACCAAGACCACGAGCGAGUAAGCGAGCGCAAGCUUUUUCUCUGAUCUGAUCUAAACAAAAAAACAAAAAGGCAAGGAGGAAGUGUUUUUCGUGUUACACGAUGAUCCGAUGAGAGAGAGUGAGAGAGUCUGAGAACAUUUUCUACUACCACACACGAGAGAUCUGUGCAGAGAGCCGCAAGCUGUGUGUGUGUAGAUAUAUAUAUAUAUACACUAUAACUCGUAUAGUACUACUCCGCUCUGUGCCGCUAUAACAACAUUACUACUAUAACUAUACUAUAUUAGUACUGCUGCUGCUGCUGCUGUUGUUGUUUUGUAUAGAGGGCGCGCAUAUAUAGCUAGGGAGAGAAACUGUUGCGUAUAUAUUCUAUAUAAUAUAGCGGAGCGAAUGAGCUGUCAUCAUAUACACCCACAGAUACACGUAUACACGGACCACUUGAAUAUAUUGAAUAUAUGAGUAAUGAACACGUUUAGAUUGACAACACGCACACACACCUACACCCAGGCACCCACACUUGAUAUUGAAAUUUUCUGCUGCGAGAGAUGGAUUUUUUUGUGUAAAAAGUGUUCAGAGAGCGCAGGAGAGAGGUGAAAUUUGCGAAAACUGGCAGCAGCAACAACCUUUUGUAUACACGGUAUGCGCGCGUGACCAUGUUACAUAUAUUCGUGUGAAAGAGUAAAAGAUAGUGACAGCUAACGUAUAGGAAGAGAGAAAGUAAGACGCCACCACCUUCGCCCCACUGUUGUUGUGAUUUUUUAAAAGAAAAUUGUACAGUGAUGUGCCACUGGGACUGUAUUAUUACGAUCGGAGUGACCGCCCACCCACCCCGUACUAAUUAAUAUUAUAUAUUUACAAUAUAUGAUAUAUAUUAACUAAUUUACUAUUCUAAGUAUACCACUACUGCAUUGUCACGUUCGUUUUAAAAAUGAUACUGCCAAGCGAAGAUCCGUAUACUAAUGAAGGGAUUUUCGAUGCGACCUGUUGACAUUUUUUCGGGAUAUAUUAUUGUGAUGGCUCGUAUGAUUAUAUUAUUGUGAAACGACGUAUAGAUAGAAAGAGCGAGGUCGAUCCCCAAACUUUUCUUCUUUUUGACGCGAGAAAAACGCGCGUCUAAGCUUAUUAUUACGCGAAAGAUAGAGAGAUUAUUAAAAAAAAAAAAAAAAAAAAAAAAAAAAAAAAAAAAAAAAA